CAGCCUGCGCGAGCGGGCCGCUCAGUCUAAUUUGAACCGUCGCGCGCGCCCGACGCGGGGCCACCGACGUUCUCUCUCCCUUCCUCCAGUCUCUCGCGACACGCGUGACACGCGAGGCGCCUCGUGGGUGUGUGUGCGUGUGUAUGCCGCGUGCGACGACACACGCGACGACCACCCGAUCACCCGUCGUUGACGACGAUCGUCCCGCACGGAGACCGCGCGCGCGGUCCGUCUCCGCGCGAGAGGAAGCGGUUUUUCGCGCGAGAGAGAGGAGAUAGGAAGAAAAAGAAGAGGAAAAAAAUUAAGGGAGAGAGAGAGGGAGAGAAAAAGUUGCGGAAUCGGAGCGCGGAGAAAGCGUGAUAACGCGCUCGCCGGGAGUGUGGGCGACAACGUCUCUCAAACGUCUCUCUGAUUCUUCCUCCCGCCUUUUUCAUUAUCGGCGAGGGUGGCCCGUGUCGAAAAAACGAAGUACGCGCGCAAGAGAACCGCGGGCUGAAAAGUGUUAGUGCGCGAGCGGCCGUGCAGUCGAGAGAGGAGCGCUCGUCUUUCGUGGGUAUAUUUAAAUAGUGUCUCGGCUGGUCAGAGAGGAAGCCGACACUUUCCUCUUCAUCAUCGUCGUCGUCGUUGCCGUCACUAUCGUCUUCGUAUUCCUGUUCUCGUCUCCGUUACACAGAGAAUCCUUGACGACCGUGUCUCUCUCUCUCUCUCUCCCUUUUCCUCCCCAUCUUUCCCUCUCUCUCUCUCUUUUUCUCUCUUUCUCUCUUUACCGCUUCGCGGAGUUCUACGCGAUAUCACUGUGUUCCGGACAGUGCGCGAGGGGUUGGUGAGACGAUCGCGGACGAUUUCGUACGACUCAAUGUCGCUGACGGGUCGCAAGGAAACGGCGUUCCCGACAGUAUUCGCGGGUGUUCCCUGCUGCGAGGUCGAUCGGUACAUCCGCCUACCUAUGAACGCGAACGAGCACGUGGACUAGAGAGGACUGCUCGUCGCUCGGCUGAUUUAUCGACUCUAUCGGGAAUCGGGGCCCGUUGAAGGAUUCGCGGACUCCGUUGUGGAAGGACUCGCAGUAAAUAAUAGUCGAUGAGGCCCCUCGGCGGUUCAUCAAGUCGAAAACGACAGAAUGCCGAGCGCGAAUCAUAAUGAUCACGACGACUUAUGAGAGAUCAAUGCUGGUUGUCGCGUCCGCGAUCGUCGCAGCCGCCGGUCGGAAUCAUCUGCGAUAAUACGACGAUACCGUUCCAGGGAGAAAAAAGCAAAAGACGUGAGGACAAGGAGAGAGAAAGAGAGAGAAAGAGAGAGAAGCGGUUGCAUGGUGCGGCUCGCCGUGGCUGCUCCCGCCGGCUCUGAGGAUGAGGGAAAUGGUAUCGCGUAGGAUGAAAAGGAAUAUGGAAGAAACCUCGGAAACGUUCCACUAUUGGUGGUACAACACUUCGUGAGGAGUCUGAAGAUCCGGAAGAGGGAGGCCGACUACGACAGAUUUAGCCAUUUGGCGAGCGGGAGAGACGAAACCGUGAACCGGGUCACCGUAGGUGACUAAUCGCGAGGGGGGGAGGAAUAAACGAAGAGGAUUGAGAGACAGGACUAACAUAGGAAUCAUCAGCAAAACACUAGUGACAGCAAAAGGGGUACGGCUCCCCGAGCACGAGGAGGUGGAGGAGGAGGAGGAGGAGGAGGAGGAGGGGGCGAAGAGCUCGUGCCUCUGUGCGAAUCGGGGUGACCGAGGUGUCGACCUCACCCCCGAUCACACCGCCAACCAGGUUGGAUGAUGUGGGCGCCUCUGCUUUUGGCCGGGUUCUUAAGCGGCUGGUGGGGCGCACUGGCGCUCGCUGCGGCACCCCCCGCCAUUCCCCUUGGAAAAACGUCCGUUGGGGUUACAUCAUCGAGGCAUUAUUAUCGUCCGUUGUCGAAAAACGGGGUGGUGGACGAGGAGGCCAAAAUCAGAGUUCACGAAGUCACGGGGCACCAGUCACGAGAAAUCCCGUGGUACUCGGAACAGUUAUUCGAGUCCGAGGUUCGUCCUGCUGAUCGCGACUUCGACGUCGAGAUCAAAUCACCAGUUGAUUUGAGCCUAGUGAAUCUCGGAGAACACUCCUUCGGAGAUGGAGAACGAUCUUCGAGGAACGACGGGAUGCGACAGAUCUCGUACUCUUUCGCAACACGUGGAGCAACGUCGCCCGAGGUGGCACUUGGAAUUCGGCGUGAUGUAUCAGCGCCGAGUCCCGAGCAAGCGGAAGCGGAGGAGGAUAUCCUCGAGACGAAGACGCGCGUUCACGCCUUUCACCCGGAGAUAAACGAGUCCGGUCUGACUCGCGCACCCCGUCACUCCUCGACGCAGGCACCCCUUGUCUACUCAUUAACGGCAGAGUCGUCGAUGCAGCGACCGCGGGUCACCAGAUCGGCGAAGCAACGACCAAAGAACCGCAUCAAGGCGGAUUCGCCGCGCGAGCAGCGACGCCGUUGCCGGAACAAGGACAGAGGCUGCCGCGGUCAGAAUUGGUGUCCCGAUGUCGACGUGGGCAAUCGGGCUUACCUGGCGCCCACCGUGUUCGAGGGCAAGGCUCGCAGCAUGUCCUCGCGGAGGAAGCCCGGCCUGAACUACGCGGUGACCUUCGAGGUGAAGCAGGUAUACAAGAGCCAGCCGGGCUUUCAGCCGUUGCAGAAGAACGACAGCGUGCGGCUGCACUUCCGCGACAAAUUGGUGCCCGGUAAGUCGACCGUGUGCAACGGCCACGAGCAGCAGCAGCAGCAGCAACAACGCGAUAAUCCGAGUGGUGUGGUGCGAGCCAAUAUUAAAAGGGGCAAAGUGUAUCUAGUGUUUGUGAAUCGCGUGGGACCCAGGAACUUCACGAUCCUCGGCGAGCCGGUGAUCCGAAAUAAGAAGAACGAACAGGUCGUCCAAGCUGUCGUUCGACCGGAUUACGUGCGGGAAGUUACGUUGUCCGAACUCAGGGACUCGAUAGCGAGGUUACGGGAGAAAGUGAAGCUAGUAUGCAGGACAAGGGGCUCGCCGCCCCCAAGAGUGCACUGGCUGAAGGACGGUGUACCGCUGCACCCUCGAAGAGGCCUCAGGAUUCAGCACAAACGGCGGAGAUCGAAAAUCGUGAUAUCCUCCGCGAAGCCUGAGGACAGUGGCAGAUAUGAAUGCGUGGCUGAGAGUACUUCCGGUCAUCGGGCCUCACUUGCGGCCCAACUUCUAGUCGCUCAUGAUACCAGAAUUCCGGAAACAACGACAGCGGCGUGGCCGCGGCAGGAGCAGCCCUGUCCAAUAGCAGGAGACUUUUGCAUGAAUGGUGGUACCUGCCUAUUUUUCGAGACUGUCGGUGAACCAGCAUGCAAAUGCGCGGAGGGCUUCACGGGUCUGCGGUGCGAGACGAAGGACGUCAGCAGCACCGGAAAUAUGGAUAAGUUCUCUUCGUUCGCCGAAGACGUGACGCUCGCCCGCUUCUAGCGCAUCUAGCGGCACUGUCAAGCUUGCACAUCGGGACAUUCAUCGUGUUUUGUUUUAUUGUAGCCUCACCCAUCCGCCCGCCCCCCCUCGCUCCCUGUUCCCGUACAGAUUCCCGCAGCAUCCGCGACUUCGCCCACCACGCUCUUCUCGGGCUCUCCUCCUGAGGCGCGCCUUCCCGCAUUUCCGCCCUUCCUCAUGUUACUACUAUCAACCGAUUCGUAUAAUCGUCUCGAGCACUCGACGCUGCUCGCCCACUUUUUUCCAGUUUCCCUCCCCCGAACCGUCUUCCUUCUAUCCAUCAUUCUUCCCUUUUCCCUUCUUCCUCUAUCUUGGUUUCGUCCACUGUCCACCGUCAUCCUCUCGACGUCAACCUGCCUCGAGACGACGACGGCGACGGCGGCAAUCAGCAGAGAAUAUAAUCGUUUUUCAAAGGAGAGCCUCAGGAGACGAAGCGAACCGCCGACCAACGUUAUCCUCACACACAUCGCAUCCUGGACCGUCGUGAGUCGAAAUUUCCCCAGCUAGCCUUCGCGGAAGCAGUCGCACUGAACGUCCUUUUCCGCAGAACAAAAAGAUCAUCCGGAUGGAGGAGAAGGGGUGGCGGAAAGUUUUAACUCUGUGUGUCCGGAGUCUCUUCCUGGAUCGCGACAAAGACUAUCGCAUCGAGUACUUCGCACGUUGCCCAGAGGAAACCAACCCCUUCCACAGACGGGAUUAGAAAACUUCCAACGACGCACCUUGCUACCUCAUCUGCAAGAAAACUCUAGUUCCUCCGUUCGACGGGAAGAAAUCAUAAGAGACACGAUAACCACGCGCAAAUGAACGUAGGAGAGUAUAUUACGAACAACUCGCUUGCGCUACUUAUAAUCCACCUGGUUGUUUCCGUGGAGACAUUAUAAUAGUUAGCUUAAUUCUCAUGAACCACAUGCAGGAUACAUGCAUUAAUUAUAUAUACAUUUAUAAUUUUAUAUAAACGAAUUCUAAGAUAAUUAUCAAAAGUUAAUCAAAUAUAUAUUUUCUAUUGUUUUCUAUUAAUCUUCUUAGCUAUUUAAUAUUUAUUAGUAAUAGUCUAACACUUAAUGACUAUUAAAACAUUCUUUUUUUAGCAUAUUUUUUAAUUCAGAUAUUUAUUAGUAAUCGUUUUAAAAAAAGAUUUUUAAAAACUUGACAAGAUAGCAUUUUUUUAAUCAAAGUUAUCACAUUUGGAAACUUUAGUAAGAAAAAAAGAUAGUAACAAUACACGAGCAAUUCGCGAAUUUCUUUUUUUUUUCUUUCACGGAAACAUUUAAUUCGCCGAAUAAUUCAUCUCGUUCAGUGAUAUAACCGAAUCGAAUUUAAACGUCAAAAUAUCGAGGAAUAAAAGCGCCCUUCUGAUUUCUGGUAGGACAGAAGGAGAACAGUGUCAAAGGUUCUCGUAACACUCGUUACCGUCGGGGUUUGCACGAGGAAAGCGGAAUAAGAGAGGAAAGCCAUCGUAAAACCAUACCAUAGGGCACGCUCAGAUCGACGUAGCACCACAGGGAUAUGUCGUGAUAUCAUUUUACGGGAUUGCAGGAAGAGGGACUCGUGAGGAUGAUCCCGAGUACCGUAAUAGGAUUUUCGGGAUCAGAGCUUUACACAGGAAGGAUUGCGGUAUCUUUCGGGCACCAAAUAACGCAUAACGUGAAUUUCCAGCUUCCAGGAUGUAACUUCAAUUAACGGAAUGCCCUACGAUAACGUAAGCCACUUGAGCGAAAUUUUAACUAUGACUUGGUUGAUAACGCAAAACAAAAUAACUAAUCUCAUACUGUUAAUUAUCGUAUUGUUCAUAUAAAGACAAAUUGAGAUUUAAAUAACUUUCAUACUAAUUUUUUUAAUCCAAACGCAUUAAUGUUAGAUUAUAUACGUACACUGUCUCCAAUACUUACUAUUCAUAUUUAUUUUAUAAAUUGUAUAUUCUCUAUUUACGAACUUGCAGUUCGUAUAACUUAUUCGGGCACAAGUAUUGAAGGUUUAAAUGUGUUUAUUAUAAACUUAUAAAUUUGAUGUUUCCAUUGUUUCUAUCGCAAUUUUCUUCUCAAUUUAAUUAUUAGAAAUUUAAAAUUAUGUUUCAACAUCUUAAUCUCUGAAAAAUUUCUUAAAAAAUUUCUUUCUUAACUGCGUUGCAUCAACCUUGGGAUUCAAAGUACAAACGUAAAUCAAGUCUCUGCGAAUAAGUAAAAUCGCGAAGAUACUAAAAUCGCUAGCUCAUAAAAGUACUAGCACGGUACUAGCCAAAGAAUUUGUAUACAGCCCGGAAGAUAUACGUCGCAAACCGUUUUGUAUGCUAAGAGAGAACCUACCCAACCGCGAAAAGACGUUCUACGACUCUCCCGAAGAGAUUUCGCCGAAAAGAAAUCCAGCCUCAACGACGCGUUCAGGGCGCUCCUAUUGUACAAAGAAAUCCCUCGUACCCUCUUUUUAGGCGUCCGGCGCAAUGCGUCGACUCUCGAGCGAUCGAAACACCGUGCAGACUCCCUAUGUGUCGAUUCACCUUUCUCGUUUUCCGCUCGCGAAAGAACACAGAAUUCGCGUAACAGAAGACGACGACGGUAAAACUAUACGAGAACGUCGUCUUUAUUGCGUUUUCCGAGCUUAACGCAAUUAUAUCGUUAUUAUUCGACGAUGAAAUCAGAUGUACUUUAACGAAGCUCGCAAUUAAUAUUGGCACAAGAAUAACUUCCGCGACAAGUUUGCAAAAAAGACAAAUAAUUAAAGGACGCGUUUCAAUCUUAUCGCAACAAAUCAUAAUAGUAAAUAAGAAUGGAGUAAGAAUAAAUAUAUCAUUAAAUUACGAUAAUUGUGUUUUCAUCGUAUUGUUUAACUUUAUAAAGAUAAAUAUUGCGUAUUGUAAAAUUAAUAAUAAAAAGAGCGGGAUAUUAAAAAAAGUCUUAGUUUACAAAAACAUCUUUUUAAAUUUUCUAAUAUUAUAUUUUUUAUAUAAAAACGUGUCAAAUUAUAAAAGCGUAUUCUUUUCAGACGGAUGAAAAUUCUUACCUUCAAGAAUUACUUUUAAUAAUUAAUUUAUUAUAUUACAAGUCAUUUAAUUUAUACUCCGUUUUUAUUAUUUUAAGGCUGUCAAUAUAUGUAAACUGUUUCAAAACUACAUUAAAUGUUUCAAUACUUUGGGAAAACCUUACGAAGACAUUUUCUAUAAAGCCAGAAUCUUUUAUGCUGUUUGCUGGCAAUGAUAAUAUCGAGGACGAAGGAUGUCUCGCAUGUUUCCGUCGACGAGAGUGGACGCACGCGCUUACUUUUUACAUUUUAGAAACGUACACGGUUAUGUAUAGAUAGUUUUGUGGGUGAACAAGCAAGCAGAGUGUUCCGAGCCGUUCUCACGCGAUGAGAAGCGGAAAGUACUUUACGACUCUAGCUAUAUAAACCGAAAAGACUCUCGAGCGAAGAGAAAGAGAGAUCGUCAUAGCGUAUGAUGUCCGUGCAAGCUUACUAGUGCCGCCGUGCUUUUUCGUUGAAUCCGUUUCGUCGCUCGUACCUAUCGAACGAUUUGUAUGAAAGUCAUUGUGAGUCAUCGCGUGACACGUCGUAACGAUCGGUAUUUCGCGACAUCGACGAGCGAGUUUCGAUUCUACAAAAGCAGGGAAAAUGAUAGUUGAAGCACAUUUUUGAAAAAUACUAUGUCUGUAUAACUUUAAGUUAAAAUGUUGAAUUUUGUUUUAUCGUUAGAUAAUUAUAUAGAGUAACGUUAAAAUGUUCGAAAUUUUCUGUCUUCACACAUUUUUAAAACAAAAUAUGAUAAAAGACGUAAAUCAAUAUUUCUUACUUUCUUAAGUAAUAAAAUGUAAUAUUAAUGUAUAUACUAAUAAAUAUUGUUUUAUUUAUUCAUCGACAUUUAUCGGCAUAAUCUCAAUUAAAAUUCUUCGAAAUACUCGCUUGCUUAAUCGAAACUCGACUCGAAUGUGCAAGCACCGAGACGAGACGGCGGGUUCGCGAAUAGUGAAACAAAAGAAAGAAUGUAUUUUAUGAUAUUUUACGCAUAAAAGAGAAAAGAGGAACGAUCGACAUAUAGCGUUAGUUCAAGGUAAACUUAAGUAUAAGUAGAGAUGUAUAAAUAAAAUGACAAUUCGGGGCGUGCCGUUUUGCGCACGCCUCCGCGCGGACACGCCACCGCGUCGCGAAAAAAAAACGCGAUUUUACACGUAAUCGAUUCUCGGUCCACGAGAGGUGGAUGGGACCGCGAAACGGUGAUUGAGCACACGUUAACGUCGACGAUUAAUUAAUUAACUAUAGAACGUUUACUUUAUCCAUUAUAAUAGCCGGUAUUAAUAACUUCAUCGAUGGUGCUUGUGAUUCCUGUCCUUUUAAUACACGAGCGACGUUCGAUCGUAAUGAUAACGAUCGCAAUGAUCUCCGCGAAUUGCACUCGCAAUUGUACAAAAAUUCGCGAUGCGAUCAAUUGACGACGCUCUUUCGCAAUUCUUGAUUACCGCGAAUCACCGUUUUGCGAGAACGAUACCCAAUCACUGGUAUACUAAGCGCUACUGUAAAAUAUUGUAUAUUAUUUCGCGUUGUUUAUUUUUCAAUGUUUUUACUAGAGACGCGGUUUCUACGGUAUUUACGAGGAAUUACCGCGUAAUGUUACUGAAAACGCGGAAAUCCGCGCUGCUUCGCUACACCGUACAGAUUGCGACAGGAAAAACUGUUUGUGAAUUAAAAAUUAUAGAUAAUACAAUAUUUUUUAAAUGUAAAAGACUUGAAAUGUGACAAAUUUAUCGUCAUACAAUUGUUAUGUCUAAGUAAGUACACUAUUAUUAAGUAUUACUAUUAUCUAUAUAAUAUAUUAACGUCAAUAUUAUAUUUCAAUAAGAAAUUUUCAUUAAGAAAUUUGAAAAUUAUUGCUAUAAUAAAACUUUAAAACUUUCAAUCAAUUUCUUAAUUUAAAAUCAAUUUUAAUUAAUAUUGCAAACAUAGUUUUGAGCAUAACAAAUUUAUAAUUUGCACAUAUAUGAUUUCAAUGCUCAUUAAUAUGGUAAAAAGGGAUGUUUUCUUCAUUGUAUUCAAUCUCUUUUCCAACUAGCUUUUCUAAUGAUAAUUAGUUUUCCUAAUUUACGUGAGAGAACUUUAAAUAAUUUACGUCCCGACAAACUCCAUUACCAUCAUUGUCCGCUCUCUUACGGUGUUGCAAACCAGCGAGAUAAAUACGUUUGUAAAACUGCAGCGUAUCUCCAGCAGCUUUCGCAGUGUGUGAGCUAAAAAAAAACGAAUACAGAGCAAAACUAGUCUAGGGCACAUUUAAAGAGCGUAUGGCUUGAAUGCGGGAAAUUAUUACGAAUGUAAUGUCCGUCUUUGGCGUAAAUAACGUGCUUUUGAAAAGAAAUAUUUCGAGUAGAAAAUCUUACAAACAUCUAACUAUAUAUGCGGUCAUAUUCGCGAAACGGUGCAACAUUAGAAACUAAAAUCGUCCCUUGCAAAAUUAUGGAAAAUUUCACGAUUACUGUUCGAACAUUCCUAUAGUUUUAUCAAAUAUCAUUACCAAGUUGCUAAUAAAAGUUUUUCUUUUAAAUUAAAAAUAGUCAUUAAUGGUUUGAAAAAUUAUUGCAAUUGCUAAAACUGAUACAUCGCGGAAAUAUUCAUUGACGUUUCAAAAAAAAACUCUAAAAAAUGUAUGUAAUGUAAUCUGUUAAUAUAAUGUAUGAAUUCGCAUGAAUAGAAGAAUACUCGAUAAUUGUAAAGAUGGAUCGUUAAAAAUUUUAAAUGUUCGUAAAAGUGCAACGAAGGUCCGAGAUAUUUUUUACAAUCUCGAAUGCUCGAAAGUGCUAUUUUCUCAAAAGUACCGUAUGUUUCAAAGACGAGCCAAGCGAACGAAAAUCGGACGUUUGCGUUUCGCGAUAGUCUUUAUAGCGAAAAAAAGACUACGCACUAUUGAUAAUAUGGCUAAUUCUAGCAGCACGAAGUAUUAACGUUAAUAGCGAAAUUAUUAUAAGGAAGACGUAACGGCGAAUUACUAAUAAAGGUAUGAGUCGCCACCAAUGUUUUCCGAAACAAUCUCCUUUGACGAAAUGCGCUCGAAAUAAUGGCAGAUAUAAAUGAAAGAAGCGAUUAUUCCUAUUUUUAUUCCUCUAAUUGGCUCUUUAAAGGGAAAACACUACAUUUAUGAUAAUCGCCUAAUGAAUAGUACACAAUGAAAAUAUUAUGCUCCCUGCAUUUUUAAGUAUUAAUUUUUCCUUACAUUAAAGAACGAAUUUCUUGUUUACUAUUUUUAAUUUAUUACGCGAAAUGGAAGAUGACAUUUACAAAUGUGAAAAUGUAAAAUAUACAAGAAAUAAGAAAAAUUUUAUACGAUCAAAAUAGAUCGAAGAAAGAUGCACAUAGAUAUCUUCAUUUAUAAAUGCGAUUAGAUUAUCCAAAAGUAAUAUGGCAGAUAUUGUUCUGAAAUAAUGGAAUAUAAAUAAACGCAAAAAGAGUUAUUAAAUAAAAGACUUAAAAAGUAUUGUUAAAAAAGAGAUACACCUAACCCACAAUUUGGAUACUACAACAAUAAAAUAUUGGAUACUUACAAAAUUAAAGUAAUGCUCUUCAAAUACAGUUUACAUAAAAAAUUCUUACAAUAAGUUCUAAUAUCUUUUUGAAGUAUAUUUUAAGAUUGCUUUAGACGAAUUAUUACACCACAAAAUAUGAACUCUUCGAACCAUACACUGAUUAUUCGAAUGAGACAAAAUUAUUUUCAUUCAUUUAGAUUUGUCAUCAAAUCGAGUGCCAAUUACCGGUUAUCGCGGACAAACGAUAGCGUGUGUAAGGCACAAAAUGAUUUUUAUUGUUGAGUUUCGUUCCUAUCCAAGGCAGAUUACGGUCGAAUACGUUAAACUCGAAUUCACGAGUGUCUUUGUAAAAUAAUUUGAUUCACCUAAAUUAUGAAAGUAUAAUGCUAAACUUUCAAAUUAUUUUUCAAUUUCACAUGAUUUCAUUUAAGAUGUUUCAAAGAUGGAGCACAACGCGAGAAAUCGUUAGGAAAUGGUUGAAACUAGUAUCAGCAAUGAGAUUUCAUGUGAGAGAAGCUUUACGCUGGAAGACGCUAGCGUUAAAUGGUUACUACGAAGCGUCGGCAUCAGCGAAAAUAUUUUAUUCUAGUCGUAUCUCUCAUGCUUUGCCAAGUAAGCAAAUGUAAAUCUUAUGUUUAAAAUGUAACAGUCAAUUAUGUUUUAAUAAAAUCUGCCAAGAUUC